CGAAUGGAUUGCAGACAUCUGUCUGUGUCAAUAGCUGUAUCAGCUGAACCUCGAGCACAGCAGGUUAACUAGCUAGCCACCGACAAAGUUUUACCAUAGCUGCGGAAGACUCACCCGCAGGCUCUGCUAGCAUGGCAUCUGAACGAUCCAACUCGCCCGAGCAGACUGACUCGGUUGCACAAAGAUUGGAUGAGUCAGAGAAGAAAGAAGAUCAAGACCUGAAGGGCGAGGAAGAGGAAGUGGAGAAGCAAGAGGAAGAAAAACGCGAUACAGAAACGGAAUCUCAAUCAGCGGACAAGGAGGCAUCAGACAACUCUCAGGAAGACGCACCACCUUUACCCGACGAGGCGCUGCCCCCACCGCUGCCAGAUGAGGCUCCACCCAGCGAGGUACAAGAUGAUGGAUGGCAGCCCCUCUGGGAUGAAAAUGCUCAAGCGUACUACUUUUACAAUCGCUUCACUGGUGUUUCGCAAUGGGAAAAUCCGCGAGUUCCAGACGCGCAAAGCACCUCAGCUGGCCGAGGACUCGGGAACCAUGAGAGAAUAGGUGGAGAAGAGCAAUCGACCGAGGAACAGCAGGACGACGAGGAGGAGGAGGAGGCGCAAGCUCGUCCCUACGGUGGCUAUAAUCCCGCGAUACACGGUGAUUACGACCCGACUGCGCCUUACGCAAAGGUGUACGAGCCCGCCGAAGAGGAGAGCGCAGCAGGAUAUGGUGCUCAUCCAGCUGCAGACCCGUCGGAUGCUUAUGUUUCUACCGGCACGUUCAAUCGGUUUACGGGUAAAUGGCAAGACCAGAACCUGACGCCAGACCGCUUCAGCGAUGCCAAUAAGAGCUACCGGCAAAUGUCCGCCUAUUUUGACGUCGAUGCUGCCGCUAACAGCCAUGAUGGACGUAGUCUCCGGGCCGAGCGGGCGCAAAAGAAGCUGAGCAAGAAAGAGCUCAAGGAAUUUAAAGAGAAACGCCGCCAACGCAAGGAAGAAAAGCGGCGAGCAUGGUUACUUGAUUAGGUGCUACAUAUUGGUUUUUUUUUUGUUUGGUUUGGCGCCGGGUGUUUUGGUCUUGACUUCAAAUGCAAAACGGAAUAGUGGGUCUUCAACUUCAUCUCUCAACAUGCACAAGAGCAGUCAAACAUUUGAUUCUUCUCAUAUAUCCAACUAGCAGAUGCAUUCUCUCUUCAUACCGUAACUGCCUGAUCUCACAAGCUCUGCUAGGAGACUCAUUGAACAAAUGCUGCAAAAUCUUUAUAUGGAUAUAAACAAUAGUCUAUAGUAUCAGAC